AUGAACUACCAAGCCGUUACCUCUGACGAGGAGCUGGUUCACCAGCCCGAUAGAGAUAGGAAAUCUUCGAAAAACGUUUUGGGCUGGUACCUGUACUGUUUUUCGAGUGAACCAUUCAUUGUUUCUGCCGUUUCUACGUAUGUUCCCCUUUUGUUGGAACAGUUUGCAAGGAUAAACGGGGUGUCAGUAGACGAUCACUCGCUGAAUUGUGUUACGCCGAAUCAAAAAUGUGUCUUGGGAGUUUUCAAUAACGCUUUUUACAUCGAUACGGCUAGUUUUGCUCUUUAUACGUUCUCACUUAGUGUGCUUUUCCAGGCGUUGCUAGUUAUAUCGAUAUCUGGCCUGGUCGACAUGUGGAGCUCUAUAAAGUUCAGGGCUUACGUUAUCGUGACUUUUGGAGUCUUGGGAAGCGUAUCGACCCUUGUAAUCUCGCAAUUGAACACCUCCCAAUUCUAUUCGUUGGCUGUACUCGCCGUGGUCUCUAACUGCUGCUACGGCGUGGUCAACGUUGUAGGUAACUCAUUACUGCCUGUUUUUUCGCGGGAUUUGAUCCAGUACAAUUCAGCUCAUAAGCAGGACGACCAUGAGGUAGUAACAUCCGUGAUCAGUGGGAGAGGCUCUGGUGUGGGCUACGUGGCGGCUCUUAUAGUCCAGCUCGGAUCCAUAGUUCUGAUAAAAAAUAGCAAAACACACGACAAUAUCCAGGUCGCGGUUUUCUUUGUCGGCUUGUGGUGGUUCGCCUGGCAGGUUCCUUUGGUCUGGCUCUUACAAGAUGUUCUUCCACCACUAGUCGAAGCAGGCGACAUGAAAGUCUCCCAUUGCGCACAAUACCUUGCGUACGGUUGGCGCUCGUUGUUUGAGGCCUUGAAAAACGCCAGUCUUUUGAAGGAUGUGGUCAUCUUCUUGAUUGGAUGGUUUAUUGUAUCUGAUUCAGUAACAACCAUCAAUUCCACGGCCAUUCUUUUUGCCAAGACUGAGCUCGAAAUGAAAACUUUGGGACUUAUAACCGUCAGCGUUCUAUCGCUUUUGAGUGGUAUCGUAGGUGCUUUUUUGAUACCACAGAUUCUUACGUCGAGAUUCAAACUAUCACAACAAGGCAUGAUGAUAUUUAUCAUUUGCUGGGCCGGUUGUAUUCCACUCUAUGGUGUUUUGGGGUUUUAUUUUGAUUCAUUUGGAUUGAGGCAUGCCGGAGAAAUGUACGUGUUAGCCAUUUGGUACGGACUGGCUAUGGGAGGUUUAUCGGCUGUUUCUCGCUCGGUCUUCAGUCUUAUUAUACCUAGCGGCAAAGAAUCGACAUUUUUUAGUCUUUUCAGCGUCACUGACAAAGGCUCCUCGAUUGUUGGGCCAUUUCUAGCGGGGUUCAUUACUGACAAAACCCAUAACAUCAGGUACUCAUUUUAUUUGUUACUCGUCCUGCUGUUGGUUUCAAUACCUGUCUUCAAAAUGCUGGACGUCAAGAGAGGUAAAAGAGAAGCACAGGAUCUCAGUAACAUACAAACCUUACAUGACUAG